AUGUCGGACGCGGAUUACAACACGAUCGCAAAGCUGCAGCGGGAGAGGAACGAUGCUGCAGCCACCAAGAAAAGUUCGCGCGUGCCGGAUGCGUCAGCUCAACGCACUGAUGUAGGGCGACAAAAACUCACUGACAAUGCGGAUAGUGAGCUGUACGGGGGCAAUGAGGUGGACAAACUUGCUGGCUACCACACAUCCUUACCGAUGGGAGAUGAAGACGAGGAUAUGGACGAGGACAAAACCCGCCGUCUCGUCGGCCAGUACACCGCGUCCCGAGAGAUGAUUGACGAAUUUGCCAAGGGCAACGGUGUUGAGGAAGACGACAUUCUGGCAGGUAAAGGGGAGAAAAGUGGACGUAUCACCGAUCGCGAGACCGAUUACCAGAAACGCCGCUUCAACCGGGCCUUGACGCCCACGAGAGCCGAUCCCUUCGCAGAAAACCGACAAGCUGGGGCGGUCGAGAGCGGCACCACCUAUCGAGAGGCUAUGGAGGCCCGUGAACUAGACAAGGAGGAGGAGCGUGUUCGAAAAGCUAUCCAAGCCAAACUCAGCAGCGAAGGCGCUCAUACCGACGCUCAGCCGACUCUGAAAGAUGUGGACAAGGAAAACGGGGAGGCAGGGUCGACUGAAGCUGUUACUGCAGGGCGAAAGCGUAAGCAGAGAUGGGAUGUGUCAUCUACGCCUGCUACCGAGCCAUCCCCGACGGAUAACGCGGGAGAUGCGAAACCCAAACGAUCAAGAUGGGACCAAGCACCUUCUGUCGGUGCAGGCGAAACCGCCAGGAAGCGGUCGCGUUGGGACCAAGCUCCCUCGGCAACGCCCAUGGGUAAUCAAGGCCUUGCUACGCCCAUGCAUCCAACACAGACUUCGACCAUUAUGCCCCCAACCUUUGGAACCGACUUGAAUGCUCGCAACGUUCCGCUAAGCGAUGCAGAGCUGGACAUGCUGCUACCGGGCGAAAACGAAGGUUACAGAAUUCUCGAACCACCACCAGGCUAUGAGCCUGUUCGCGCUCCGGCCCACAAGCUCAUGGCAACGCCUGCGCCGGCCGCGGGCUUCAUGAUGCAGGAUCCUGAACAAGUCCGACUCGGUGGCAGACCGAUCCCCGCCGAGCUGUCGGGUGUUGGUGACUUGCAAUUCCUCAAGCCCGAAGACAUGGCCUACUUUGGCAAGCUGAACGACGGCGCGGAUGAGAAUGCUCUGUCGGUUGAGGAGCUCAAGGAACGCAAGAUCAUGAGGCUUUUGCUCAAAAUAAAAAACGGCACCCCUCCUAUGCGGAAGACUGCUCUCCGGCAAAUCACGGAUAAUGCGCGAAACUUUGGUGCUGGGCCUCUGUUCGCUCAGAUUCUGCCUCUGCUCAUGGAAAAGUCUCUUGAGGACCAGGAGCGCCAUCUUCUGGUCAAGGUCAUUGAUCGAAUUCUGUACAAGUUGGAUGAUCUUGUCCGACCUUAUGUGCACAGGAUCCUUGUGGUGAUUGAACCGCUCCUCAUUGACCAGGACUACUACGCCCGAGUGGAAGGCCGCGAGAUCAUCUCCAACGUUGCCAAAGCUGCUGGUCUCGCAACAAUGAUCAGCGUGAUGCGGCCAGAUAUCGAUCACACAGACGAGUACGUUCGCAACACGACGGCGAGAGCCUUUGCAGUGGUUGCCUCGGCUCUUACGAUUCCCGCUCUGCUGCCUUUUCUGCGAGCCGUCUGCAGAAGCAAGAAGUCGUGGCACGCGAGACACACCGGAGUCAAAAUCGUCCAGCAAAUAGCCAUCUUGAUGGGCUGCGCCGUUCUGCCUCACCUCAAAGGCCUUGUUGAGUGCAUUGCGCCAAACUUGAACGACGAGCAAACCAAGGUUAGGACGGUGACCAGUCUUGCCAUUGCGGCCUUGGCGGAAGCCUCCAACCCUUAUGGUAUCGAGAGCUUCGACGACAUCCUGAACCCUCUGUGGACCGGCGCCCGCAAGCAACGUGGUAAAGGGCUUGCCGGGUUUCUCAAGGCUGUCGGAUACAUCAUUCCGCUGAUGGAUGAGGAAUAUGCCAACUACUACACCAGUCAAAUCAUGGAGAUUCUGCUGCGAGAGUUUUCCUCUCCCGACGAGGAGAUGAAAAAGGUGGUGCUCAAGGUUGUCUCGCAGUGUGCUGGCACCGAAGGCGUCACUGCGGGCUAUCUCAAGGAACACGUUCUUGACGAAUUCUUCAAGAGUUUCUGGGUGAGGCGGAUGGCCCUGGACAAGCGCAACUACAAACAGGUCGUCGACACCACGUUUGACGUGGGCCAAAAGGUGGGCGUGAGCGAGAUCCUGGAGCGCAUCGUCAACAACCUGAAGGACGAAAGCGAGGCGUAUCGCAAGAUGACGGUGGAGACGACGGAGAAGAUUGUGGCCAGCUUGGGCGCUGCCGACAUUGGCGAGCGCCUCGAAGAGAGACUGGUGGACGGGAUCCUGCACGCGUUCCAGGAGCAGAGCGUGGAGGACGUUGUUAUGCUCAACGGAUUCGGCUCUGUGGUCAACGCGCUGGGCACGAGAUGCAAGCCGUAUCUGCCUCAGAUUGUCGGCACGAUCCGCUGGAGGUUGAACAACAAGUCUGCGACUGUGCGCCAGCAGGCCGCCGACUUGAUCUCGCGGAUCGCCAUGGUGAUGCAGCAGUGCGGCGAGGACGCGUUGAUGGGGGAGCUGGGCAUCAUCCUGUACGAGUACCUGGGCGAGGAGUACCCCGAGGUUCUCGGAUCCAUCCUCGGUGCUCUGCGCUCCAUCGUGACGGUGGUGGGCAUCAGCCAGAUGCAGCCGCCCAUCAAGGACCUGCUGCCGCGCCUGACGCCCAUUCUCCGAAACCGACACGAGAAGGUGCAGGAGAACACGAUAGAUCUGGUGGGACGCAUCGCGGACCGCGGCCCCGAGAGCGUCAACGCCCGAGAAUGGAUGCGCAUCUGCUUUGAGCUGCUGGACAUGCUCAAGGCGCACAAGAAGGGCAUCCGGCGAGCGGCAAACAACACGUUUGGCUUCAUUGCCAAGGCGAUUGGCCCCCAGGACGUGCUGGCCACGCUGCUCAACAACCUGCGCGUCCAGGAACGCCAGUCGCGCGUCAACACGGCCGUCGCCAUUGGCAUCGUGGCCGAAACCUGCGCGCCCUUCACCGUGCUGCCGGCGCUGAUGAACGAGUACCGGGUGCCCGAGCUCAACGUGCAAAACGGCGUCCUCAAGUCGCUGUCGUUUUUGUUCGAGUACAUUGGCGAGAUGGCCAAGGACUACGUGUACGCCGUGACGCCGCUGCUGGAGGACGCGCUCAUCGACCGCGACCAGGUGCACCGGCAGACGGCGGCCUCGGUCGUCAAGCACAUUGCCCUGGGCGUCAUCGGGCUCGGGUGCGAGGAUGCCAUGGUGCACCUGCUGAACCUCUUGUUCCCCAACCUGUUCGAGACGAGCCCGCACGUCAUCGACCGCAUCGUGGAGGCGGUUGAGGCCAUCAGGAUGGCGGUGGGCCCCGGCGUCGUGCUCAACUACGUCUGGGCGGGCUUAUUCCACCCUGCGCGCAAGGUCCGCACGCCGUACUGGCGCCUGUACAACGACGCGUACGUGCAGUGCGCAGACGCCAUGGUCCCUUACUAUCCCAACCUGGACGAGGACAAGAUUGACCGGCCCGAGCUGGCCAUUAUGCUGUGA